AUGAGCAUCCUUAAGGGUGCUUUAGAAAGGCUUCUAGCCGAAGCUCAAUCAUCAAGGCAAAAAGAACUUGAACAAGCUUGUACUACUGCUUUAGAGAAACUUCAAAAAGAAAUAAAUUAUAUUGCAAAAAAGAAAGCUAUAAAAGAUGGAAAAUUAAAGGCAAAGUCAGAAAAUGAUGCCGCCGAAGUUGCCCCACAAAUAAACAAUUCUGAAAAUGGGUCAAUAUUAAAUCAUAAUACUACAAAUAACGCACCGCAAACACCAUCUCCCACUGAUGGAUCUGUUGGAGAAACCAGUCAAAGGGGUGCAGAAAAAGCUGCUGAGAAAGAAUUAAAAACAGCUAGUCCCAUACAAAAAAGUUCUCCAAGCAUACCAUCACAAGCUAAUUCACGUUCAUCAAUAUCUAGUAGUUUAUUUGCUCGUGCUGGUGAAGAUUUACCAAAAAUUUUAGCCGAUAAUUAUUGGCAACCAUUCGAAAUCGCUUGUGGUAUUUCAAUCCCAACUAACAUUCGUGUGUUAGCUUUGGAUUGUUUACAAAAAAUUAUAGCUCAUGGGUUGCUUAAGGGGUCUAAACCGAUUUCCCCACCAAAGAACAGUAUCACCAAGAAACGUGAUCCUAAAGCUAAAAAUACAACAAAUGGUUUUAGUGAUUCUAAUGAUUUAUCAUUUAUUGACAUAUCAGAUACUCCAUUUGAUAAUGAUGAGUCUAAUAAUGGUGUUUCUACCACCAAUUCUUCUAUUUUUCCGAAUCCAGCUCGAUUAAUCGAUGAAGUUGUUCAUACGGUUUGCAUAGGGUUUACUGGUCCUCAAACUGAGCAAGCUGUUCAACUUCAAAUAUUAAAAGUAUUACUUACUCUUGUUACUACUGAACAAUGUCCAGUUCAUGGUGUUAGUUUACUUAAAAUUAUUCAAACUUGUUGUAAUAUAUAUUGUUAUUCGAAAAGUCAAGUGAAUCGAGCAACUGCAAAAGCCGAAUUAACUCAAAUUUCAAAUUUUAUUGUUUCGAGGUGUGAAGAAUUCGCACUAGAAUUAUCCAAAAGUGAACUUUCAAAAAGUAAUUCUGCUACAUCUCAAGCAGCAACUUCUGAAGUUAAAGUUAAUGGAGUUGAUUCACCAGAUUCUGUAGAGAAUGAAAAGGCCAUAAAAGCAGAUGAUACUGAGUCAAAAGAGUCAACAGGUAAUGUGACGGAUGAGUUUUCAAAAGAUGAUCAAGUUGAAAACGAUGUGACGGAUGAUUCUUCAAAAGAUGACCAAGUUGAAAACGAUGUGAAGGAUGAGCCUUCAAAAGAUGACCAAGUUGAAAACGAUGUGAAGGAUGAGCCUUCAAAAGAUGACCAAUUUAAAAAUGUUGUGAAGGAUGAACCUUCAAAAGAUGACCAAGUUAAAAAUGAUGUGAAGGAUGAGACUUCAAAAGAUGACCAAUUUAAAAAUGAUGUGAAAGACGAGUCUUCAAAAGGCAUUCAACCUGAUAAGAGUAAGGUACAGGCAAAACAACCUUUGAUACGACGGAGAUCAUCUUUGACUGCUAUGAAAGAUCUAACAAUCACUAUACCAAAAAAGCGAAAACUGAAACCCAAAGAAACCAUCUCCAAACGCAAAUUCUUUGAUAUUUUACGAAAAGAUCUGUAUCUGACUUUUAGGAUGUUUUGUCAGUAUUCUUUGAGAUCCGAAGGAGAAGAAAGUUCUCAAACAGAUGAAGUAAAUAUUCAAGGCCGAUCAUUGGUUUUGGAAUUAAUCUUAUCAAUGUUAGAUAAUUCUGGACCUGUUUUUCACAAUGAUGCGAUUUAUAUUAAGUUAAUUCGACAAGCACUUUGCGUUUCUUUAUCACAAAAUGGUGUGUCAUCUAAUGAACAACUCUUUGAACUUUCUUUAUCCAAUUUCCUAAUGUUGUUGCGUUAUUAUCGUGCACCAUUAAAGACUGAACUGGAGGUUUUAUUUAAUGAAAUAUAUUUACGUUUUUUGGAUAUGAGUAACGCGACACAUUUGCAAAAACAUUUAGUAUUGCAAGGUCUUAUGAAGAUAUGUCAAAAACCCCAAAUUCUCUUAGAUAUUUACUUGAAUUAUGAUUGUGAUAUUGCAAUGGUUAGUGUAUUCGAACGCAUUGUCACUUCAUUGUCAAAAGUUGCUCAAUUGCGUACAAAAGUUCCAAGUAGUUCUGGUAUGUCAAGUUUAAUAGGUGGUGGUUCUGGAACUGCAGAAUUGGUGGCCAUGCAAGACAAGGUACUGAAAAUUAAAGGAUUAAAAUGUAUGGUGGCCAUUGUAAAUUCUUUAAUUGAAUGGUGUAAAGAUUUGGAACGAAGAAAUGGUAAUGAUCCCUCUCCAUCACAACAUUCAUUGCAAAAUCAAACACCGGAUUUUAUUGAAGAUAAAGCACCAAUUAUUUUCUCAAAAAAUCCUUUAUUAAGUGUCAAUUUUUCAACCUCUCACUCUAAUUCAAGUGUUAGUAGUAUUGGUACGGAUGAUAAUGAAGAUAAUCCUGCACAAUAUCAUGAGAUGAUGUCACGAAAGCAAACUUUACGAGAAGGAAUUAAAUUGUUUAAUGCAAAGCCGCAAAAAGGCCUUAACUUCUUAAUAGAACAUGGCUUCGUAAAGGAUGAUACUGAUAGUAUAAUAGCUUUCCUCUUGUCGACUGCAGGAUUAAAUAAGGUGUCUAUUGGUGAAUAUUUAGGUGAAGGUGAUCAGGAAGCGGUCAAGGUUAUGCAUGCAUUUGUUGAUCGUAUGGACUUUGUAGGAUUAGGAUUUGUCGAUGCUUUAAGGUCUUUUUUACAAACUUUUCGACUUCCAGGCGAAGCACAGAAGAUUGAUCGUAUUAUGGAAAAAUUCGCAGAUCGUUAUUGUGAAACUAAUCCAGAUGUUUUUGCAAACGCUGAUACUGCCUACAUUCUCGCUUAUUCUGCAAUUAUCUUGAACACAGAUCAACAUUCCGCAAAAGUAAAGCGCCGCAUGGAUAAGAAUGAGUUCAUAAAGAAUAAUCGUGGUAUAAAUAAUAACAACGAUCUUCCUGACGAAUUCUUGGGAGAAAUAUUUGAUGAAAUUGCAAAUCAUGAGAUCGUAAUGGAAGAGGAACAAUUCUCAGAAGUGGCCAAAACUGCGAUUAGCCAUGCUAAUGAUCGAGAACGUCAAGAAUUAUAUGAACGCGAAAUAUCUCAGAUGCAAAAAAAGAGUCAAGCACUUUUAAAAAGUAAUAGGCAAGGCCAAACUCCUGCUGCUUGGCGAAGUGCGUCGCACGCAGACCAUGUUAAACCGAUGUUUGCUGUGGUUUGUUGGCCUUUAAUGGCUACCCUCAGUCUUGUGUUUGAGGAAGCAGAUAAUCCUUUAUCGAAUGUCAACAAAGGUCUUGAUUUCUCUCAAUCAAAUCAAGAAUCAAUUGAACUAUGUCUUGAAGGAUUUCUUGGAGCUAUCAGAAUAAGCAGUAUAUUUUGUAUGGAUGUAGAACGUGGUGCUUUUGUUUCCUCCUUGGCCAAACUAACUGGUUUAAAUCAUGUCGAUGAGAUGAGACCGAAAAAUGUAGCUGCCAUUCGGAUAUUACUGUCUGCUGCUAAUUUAUAUGGUGAAGGAUUGCAAUCCUCAUGGCUUAUAGUAUUGAAAACUGUGUCUACCAUGGAACGUUAUCAAUUAAUCGACAGUUCUGCAGGAUCAGUUGUUUACAAUGCGGAAGGAGUUAAUGGAUUGGAUUAUUCUACACAAAAUGGUCGUAACGAAACAUCAUCUACUUCAAAUCUUUCAUUAAAUGCAUCACCCACAACUCGUCCAAAUAUAAAUGCAACACGUAACAGUUCCAUUAGCGGUUUAAUGAAAGAAUUCCAAUCUCAAAGUACGAUAAUUGCAAUAGAUAGGAUUUUCACAAACAGUUUUAAAUUGAGUGGUGAUGCGAUAGUACACUUUUUUACUGCUCUCUGUGCUGUUUCUCUUGAAGAAGUUAAUUCUUCAAGAUCAUCACCGAGAAUGUACAGUCUUCAACGGAUUGUUGAAAUUGCUUAUUAUAACAUGUCACGUAUUCGGUUUGAAUGGGCUCAAAUUUGGAAAAUUCUUCAACCCCAUUUCGUUGCAGUAGGAUGUCAUACAAACCAUAUAGUUGCCACUUUUGCAAUUGAUUCUCUUCGACAAUUAAGUAUGAAGUUUUUAGAAAGGGAUGAAUUAUCUCAUUAUAAUACUCAAAGCGAAUUUAUGAAGCCAUUCGAACAAAUCAUAAAGAAUAGCCCUUCCCCAAAUAUUCACGAUCUCAUUAUACAAUCAAUUAUUCAAAUGAUCUCUGCUCGCGCGAGAAAUAUAAAAUCUGGUUGGAAGAGUAUUUUUGUGGUAUUCGGUCGUGCAGCGUCUGAUGAAAAUACACAAUUAGUAGAAACAACAUUUGAUGUUGUUAGGUUGGUAUAUCAGAAACAUUUGGACCUUAUAGGACCUGCAUUCGUAGAUUUCGUAAAUUGUUUAGUGGAAUUCGCAUUUAACUGCAAGGAAAAAGAAUUUGUCAACGAAUCCAUCAGAAUGUUACACGGCUGUGUUAAGGUUUUAGUAAAGGACGUAGACAAUUUAACAAAGAGUGAACAGCGGAAAGAGAAUAUUAUUAUAUUACCAUCAACAGCUACACCAGAGCAUGUUGCAGCUUCCAAGAAGAAAUUGCAACACAUCGAAGAAGAACAAUUUUUCUUGAAAUGGUUUCCUGUUGUAUCUGGUCUUUCGCGUCUCGUAAUUGAUUCAGAAUCUGAAGAUAUUAGGAAUAAAGCUUUGGAAACACUCUUUGAGAUUUUGAAAUCUACUGGACACUUAUUUGAAAUAAAUUAUUGGAUCAAAAUUUUUAGGAAUGCUAUAAUUCCCAUAUUUGAAGAUCUCAAAGAACCUACAUUAUCGCAACAAUCAUCAACUAUUGAUAAGAAACCUGAGACUACUUUAGAAAUAUGGGUUCAAACUAUUCGUUCUAUGGUAGAACUUUAUGCACUUUUCCAUGAUAUAUUUGCUACAAAAUCUGAAUUUUUAGUAGAAUUGUUGGAUUUACUGAUAGCCCUAAUUAAACGUAGAAACGAAAAGCUGGGUCAAACUGGAAUCCGUUGUUUCCAUAAUCUGAUAUCAAAAAAUGGGUCAAAGUUUGAUAACGUCACGUGGGGAAUUGUUACAACAACAUUAGAAGAAAUUUUUAAAUGGACGACUCCACAUGAACUUUUGGAGUUUGAAAUAACGGUAACGGAAGUUGGUGACAAUGAAAAGAAUGAUACAAGAAGUAUAAAGAACGUACCAGUAGGCGGUGGAACUCCAUUAAUGAACGUUCCUUCAAUCAACGGAACUAACGAUUCAGCAAAUAUACAAAUAUCUGAUAAUAGUCCACCAUCUUUCAUACCUGAUCAAAGUAAUUCUAAAAUUGAUAUAGAUUUUCCAUACACAGUUAUAAAGUGUGGAACUCAACUUAUUGUUAUCCAAACUGUUCAAGACCUUGCAUUUAAUGAUAAGGAACAAGUUAGUUAUUUUGUUCAGAUGCCAGCAGAAUUCCGGAAUAGGUGGUUGAGAUGUCUAUAUAAUUCUUAUAAAUUUGCUCACGAAUUCAAUGCAAAUCAUGAUCUUCGUCGGUCCCUCUUAAAAGCAGGAUACGUUCAACAAUUACCUAAUCUUACAAAACAAGAAACUUUAUCGUUAUCUGUGUUCCUCUCAAUUCUUUAUGAUCUAUAUCGAACAUUUGGUGAUAGUGAUCAAGAUUUAUUACCACCUUUGGUUGAAGAAUCAACACUUGUGCUUCAAAAACUUGUUAAAUUAAUGCACGAACCAUUGUUAAAUCAACAAAGAGAAAUGAACAAUUGGUCGCCUUUGGUAGUUACAGUUCUAAGAGAAUUGAGCAAGACUAAAUGGAAUUAUGGUAGAAGAUAUAGUGAUGUUGAUAUAAAUGACGAUGAUGAUAACAAAACAAAUAGAUUAGUAGGUCUAAGAAAACAAAUUCCAGAUUUUUAUAGAUUAGUAAUUAAAAUUAUUGGAGUGGAUAGAGCUGAUGUUAGAGUUGCUAUUCAAGAAUUUUUGGAAAAAAUCGGCGAUGAAUUCUUAAACGUUGAUUAG